AUGAUGACCCAAAGUGAUGCCAAAUUGUCGUUAAUACAAGAGAGCAGCGAAGAGCAUAAUCCAGUGGGCCUCGGCGGACAAGCAGAAAAAGGGCCCCUAUCUCAAGAUAACAAAAAAGAUGAUCUGGAUGUAUCUUCCAACAGUAAGGAAGGAAACAUGGAUGAGACCAAGAGCAUAGACAGAACUGAGAUACGCGAUGGAUUUGCGUCAAGAUUAGAGGGCGCAGAGGUCUCAGGCAAUAAAGAUAAAAAUAACGCAGAAAGCGAGGCCGUGAGCGGAAGUGAUGUCGAGAGUGAGGACCAAAGUGAAGAAGAAGAAGAGGAUGAGGAGGAGGAGGAGGAGGAGGAGGACGAGGAACCACCUCUUUUGAAUUACACAAGAAUUACAAAGCUCCCUAAGAACUUUUUCACACGGGACUCUAUUUCAGCCUGCCAAUUUCACGAAAAAGUGUUCGCGUUUGCUACUCAUGCUGGCUUUUUGCACUUCACCGAAACCGAUUUCACAACGAUACGAACUUUUCGAUGUCAUAGAGCUUCAAUCACCUCAAUUUUUACAGACGGCGACAUAUUUGCAACCUCAUCUAUUGAUGGGAGUGUUGUCAUAGGAUCUGUUAGGGAUAGUGCUGGCAUGCUCGCUUGCGACUUCAAAAGGCCAGUUCAUGCGGUGGUUUUAGAUGACAAAUAUAAAACCAGUAAAACAUUUGUCUCCGGUGGGAUGGCAGGUGAAGUGAUCCUCUCCCAACGGAAUUGGCUAGGAAACAGGUUGGACAUAAUCCUCGACAGAGACAACGGCCCUGUAGUGGGCAUAUACACCGUAGAUGAUGUUCUCUUUUGGAUGAACGACAGUGGAAUAACAUUCUACAGCAUAUCUUCGAAAACAAAACUUUUACAAGUGCCUUUUCCGAGGGAUGAGCAAGGAACAAGGCCUGAUUUAUACUGGCCUUCGGUUCAUUUCCCAGAGACAGACAGAAUCAUUGUAGUAUGGGCAAACCACAUAUGGACCUUCAAAAUCUCAUUAACAAAAUUACCCCAGCACGGAAACCAUUUGGGGUCAAUUCUUUCCAGCGCUGCGUCAAGUUUGAGGGCAGCCCCCGAUAAAAAGAUAGAUCAGGAGCAUUACUUAUACGUGAACACAGUUUUAGCAGGCGUUGUUUCAUUCAAAAAUGACCAGCUCCUUUGCUUAGAGGUACCACCAUCGAAAACUGUCAAAAACAAAUCAGAACUCCCUCGGUUUAAAGUUAUUGACAUGUUCUCCGGUUUGGAAAUUCACAGUGAUGAAGUGGUAUCUAAGAGCUACCAGAACUUGACUGUAAAAGAUUACCAUUUGGGGAAGCACAUAGGCAAGGGUGCAACUGAAUACUAUAUGAUUAGUGCCAAAGACGCUGUAGCAGCCCAUGAGUUAUCACUGAAAGAAAGGUUCGAUUGGUUUUCAAAUACUGGCCACGAUUAUGAAGCGUGGAAAAUUGGGCUUUAUGCGGUUGAUAAAAGCGCUAGACUUGAAGCUGGUAAGCGUCACAUAAAUAAAACAGUUUCCCAAGAAAAUUGGAAAGAAGCUGCAAAAAGCAUAACGGAGGUUUUCUCCGAAGCUCACGACGACAGGAAAGACGAUUAUUUUGAAGCCCAUGUUAUCAAAGACUGGGGUAAUUACAUAUUGUUACUACUUGAAAGAGAACAAGCCAACGUGAUUGUGGACUUAAUUCCAACGGAGCCCCCUUUAGACAACCAAGUCUAUGACGCCACUUUGAAUUAUUACCUAAAAGCGAACCAAAUCUCUAAUUUUUCAAAAUAUCUACGGCUUUGGCCAAAGAAGCUGUUCUCCUUAGGAGCAUUUUGCGAAAAGCUAGAGGAGGUUAUAGAACAGGAUCCCGAAAACUCUGCAGAUUACCGAAAAGACCUUGUUUUUUUGCUUAUAGAGAAUGGAAACGACGUAAAGGCUAUCCCGCACUUGAUAAAACUAAAAGAUCAGAGAGCUUUGGACAUCAUUCGUCGACGCAAACUUCUAUCUAUGUUCUCAAAUCAACUAGUUGAAAUUUUGCUUCUUCCAUUCAAUGGUAGCGCUAAGGAGCUUUCGAGUCUGGACCUACGUGAUGCUGUAAAAGUGUUUCAAAAGCCAGUUGAACUGCUCGUCGAAGGCGCUCACAUGAUUGGGGUCAAUUCCAUAAUACCUAAACUAUCCUCUCCUAGGGAGCUUCGUCUUUUACUUUUCCUUUUCUUUCGAAAAGCAUCGAGUGUAAACUCCCUUAUGAUUGCACCCUAUGAAGACGACAUGCUAGAGCUCUAUUAUGAAUAUGACAAAACUCAUUUACUGGAUUUCUUGAGAUCAAAAAACGACUACAACAUCGAUAAAGCCAUAGACCUAUGCGCCAGUGACGAAAAUUGUUUUAACGAGCUGAUCUAUCUUUGGGGCAAAGUCGGAGAAACACGGAAAGCACUAUCACUUAUUAUCGAUAAGAAAAAUGAUCCCCAGCUUGCGAUAGAAUUCGUCAAAGGUUCGGGCGAUUCUGAGCUCUGGGAGUACUUAGUCACCUACAGCAUGAACAAGCCAAGCUUUAUCGAGAAGCUACUUGAUCCCAGAGCAGACAUAGGAACUGCUUACCCCGAGGUAGUCAAACGAGUCCCAGAAAAAAUGGACAUAACGGGCCUCAAAGUAUCAUUGGAAAAUGUCACAAAGGAAAACUUCUUGAGCUUAAACGUUGGCACAGGCGUUUUCAAAAUAAUUGAUGAUGAAACAAACCAGCUUGCUCAUGAAUUUUUAAACUUAAGAGAUAUGGGGAAGCCCUUUGAAGUGAAUAAUGCAUGA